UUUUCACAACAAAUACACAAUCACUUCUUUUGUUGUGCCUUGUUUGGUUUGUUUAUUCAUUUCACCAAACUCACAAUCACAAAGUCAUCACAACCCAAAACGCCUUUUCCUCCUCUACCGAAUGGAGUUGUAUGCAGCAUCUCAUUCCCUUCCAAACUACCCUUCCUCUUUCCUCUUCAAACCUAAGAUCACCACUUUCCACACAACCCUUUUCCCAACAAAAUUCGCACCUUUCAAAGCUUCAUUCUUUUCACCAAAUCACCUCACUCUCACUACCCCUAUGAAUCCUCCCACAACAUCUCUUUCCUCUGCUGCUUUUGUGGAACACAACAACGGUUCAACCUCAACUUCUUUGCCUUUUCACCCAGAGACUAGAGUUGGAGAGGUGAAAAGGGUCACUAAGGAGACUAAUGUAUCUGUCAAAAUUAACUUGGAUGGUUCUGGUGUGGCUGAUUCUAGUACUGGAAUUCCCUUCCUUGAUCAUAUGCUAGAUCAACUUGCUUCACAUGGGCUAUUUGAUGUACACGUGAAGGCUACGGGGGAUGUACACAUCGAUGAUCAUCACACAAAUGAAGACGUGGCUCUUGCUAUUGGAACGGCUUUGCUGCAGGCCCUUGGUGAUAGGAAGGGUAUUAACCGGUUCGGUGACUUCUCUGCUCCUCUUGAUGAAGCAUUGAUACACGUCUCACUGGAUUUGUCGGGUCGACCACAUCUGAGUUAUAAUUUGGACAUUCCCACUCAGAGGGUUGGGACAUAUGACACGCAGUUGGUGGAGCAUUUUUUCCAGUCUAUAGUGAAUACUUCUGGUAUGACACUUCACAUUCGCCAGCUUGCUGGAAGAAACUCUCAUCAUAUUAUUGAAGCAACUUUCAAAGCGUUUGCAAGGGCUCUUCGACAAGCAACAGAAUAUGACCCACGUCGCCGUGGAUCUGUGCCAAGUUCCAAAGGGGUGCUGUCACGCUCUUAAUAUCUCCAGCCAGCAUGCGUAUUUGCUCCACUCUCUUCCAUCACACUGCUUACAUGUCCCGCGAUAAUAAUCGGAGGUGCUGGGUUCAAGUAUUUGUAAAAGAAGUUACCACCAUUGGCAUGCGCUAGUCCGCCGACACACAAUGCUCAUGGUACAGGGAUUUGUAUGUCUGACCCUCUCCAAACCCUACCAUGGUGUGAGCCUUGCGCAGCAAGCAUUUUUUUUUUUUGAAAAUGUAUUUUUGAAAGUCAUAUCAAUAGUUAUAAACUAACAAGCUAUUUAUUUAAAUUAUAUUUUGUAAUAUUACGUUUAAAUAUGUUAAAAACUGAUAUAAGUCGUUAUACUGAAAUUACAUAAAAUAUUAGUAGUUUGAAUUU